UCAAGCCCAGGCAUGGCUCAAGUGGAACCAAAGGAGCCUCGCUUGUGCAAUUCUGUGCUUUUACAUGGAAAGAUUACACACGUAACAACAAUUCAUGUAUAUAUCAUAUCAGAUUAGUUCUUCACAGAGAUUACAGUCCCACUUCCCAAUAUGUAAAUAAAUGUAUGUCAACUGUCAAUACACCAAACCUGUAGUCCCUUUCAGGUGUGGAUUGACUUGAUAGAAACAAGCCGGCCCAGCAUGCAGACGUGUGAUUGGUCCACGGAUGUUGCGUAGAGGAGACGGCAGUAAUUGAGGUUGACAGUGAGCUGAUCAGCGAAUCCCUCAGUCAACAUCACGCUUGACUGUGUGCUCCACUCCGUGUCUCCUCAAGAGUGCAGAAAGACAAUGUCAGGACCGAGACCUGUGGUGUUAAGUGGCCCGUCUGGAGCGGGCAAGAGCACACUGAUGAAAAGGCUCAUGAAUGACCACGAAGGAGUGUUUGGAUUCAGUGUGUCACACACAACAAGGAACCCUCGCCCUGGAGAGGAAAACGGCAAAGGCCUCAACGCGCUCCCCAUGCUUCUGGGGGCUACUUUACUGCCCGUAGCAGACGUCUUUUCCUCAGAAGACUUAGACACGUCAUUUUUGUGUCCAAAUGAAUCAGACACCAAACAUGAAGAUUACCACUAUACCACUCGAGAGGCUAUGCAGGAGGGCAUCCAACGCGGCGACUUUAUUGAGAACGCCGAGUUUUCUGGAAACCUCUACGGAACAAGUAAAGCUGCCAUAGAAGACGUGCGGGCCAAGAAUCUCAUCUGCAUCCUGGAUGUGGACAUCCAAGGUGUGCGCAGGAUUAAAGAGACGGACCUGAACCCCAUCUACGUCUCCAUCCAGCCUCCAUCGAUGGAGAUUCUGGAAAAGCGCCUGAGAGACCGACAGACAGAGUCCGAGGACAGUUUACAAAAACGUCUGGAGGCAGCUCGCAUCGACAUGGAGCUCAGUAAGGAGCCAGGAGUGUUUGACGUCGUCAUUAUAAACGACGACUUAGAACGAGCUUACGAUGAGCUGAAGGCCAUCCUUAAUGAUGAAAUCCAGAAGGUUCAAGAGACAAAAUCCUAAAACAAACAAACAGGAAAUUCGUCAGCAUCGCAAAGUCCAUCUUCGUCAUUGCCUGUAAACACAGCAAACAAUAAAGUCUGUGCUGAAGAAAUGUUGUCUUUUAUGCCCAGAAGAAAAA